AUGGCGCCGUGGAAACCACUCGCGGCCUUGCUCAGUGCCAGUCUACUUUCUUCAGUACUGGCAGAGCUGGUUACAUUUGAAGCAGAUCUCACUUGGGCAAAAGGCGCUCCAGAUGGCAACCUUAGAGAUAUGAUCUUCGUGAAUGGGCAAUUCCCAGCCCCUGCGUUGACGCUGAAUCAAUAUGAUAACGUUGAGUUCACUGUCCAUAAUCUGAUGCCUUUCGAAGCUACCAUCCACUUUCAUGGAAUAGAGCAGUUAAACACCCCGUGGUCGGAUGGUGUUCCUGGCUUGACGCAGAAGCCUAUCUUACCCGGUGAGACGUUUACCUACCGAUGGACUGCCACGGAAUAUGGCACGUAUUGGUACCAUGCCCACGCCCGGUCUCUGAUGGCGGACGGCCUCUAUGGAGCCCUUUGGAUCAACCCUGCGCCUGACACCCCACAGCCGUUUCACUUGAUAUCCGACGACCCUAGGGACAUUGAAUGCAUGCGCAAAGCAGAGAGUGACCCUAAGCUCGUCGUAUUAUCGGACUGGUCACACUAUACUUCGGAGGAAUACCAGAAAAUAAUGGAGGAGAGUGGGGCAGAUCUCUUCUGUAUUGAUAGUAUUUUGAUAAACGGACGAGGACAAGUGCAUUGCCCUGGAGCCGAUUACAUCAAUAGCCUUCAAACAGAAUAUUUGAAGGCUUCAAUUGAUAACUUACCACUAACUGACAGAGGAUGUUAUCCCAAAAUCUGGAAGACCCAAGGGAGCUUCCCUCGAAAUGACUCAAACAUUCCACCAGGACUGGAGUCAGGUUGUAUUCCCACAGCCGGAACUCAUGAAGUGAUAGAAGUUGACCCGGAGGACCGAUGGGUUAGUCUUAAAUUUAUCAGCGCUGCCUGGCUUAAAGCCCUUAUCGCGUCCAUCGACGAGCACCCUAUGUGGAUCUACGAGGUCGACGGUCACUACAUUGAGCCUCAACUUGCUCAUACGAUGGUGAUGUACAAUGGCGAACGUUAUUCGGCAAUGGUAAAACUGGACAAGGCGAGGAAAGAUUAUACGAUUAGGGUCCCCGACACAAACGCCGACCAAAUCAUAGCGGGGUUUGCCACAUUGAGAUACAAAGGCAGUGACCAACUCGGGGAAUCCGAGCCCUAUAUCGAUUAUGGUGGGUUAAACACCACUGCUGACGUGGUUGCUUUGAAUGAGAGCAUCUUGGCACCGUAUCCUAACAUUCAGCUUCCGACGGCUGCCGACCAGCUGAUCAAUCUUACCUUUGGUCGGCGAGAGUCGGCAUACCAGUGGACGCUGGAAGGUGAGCAACUUUAUGACGUUAUGGCCAACUACGACGAUCCGAUCCUCUACAACUUGACCGCAAUGGAAAACUUAGCUGAUAGGGUUACCGUUCAAACUCGAAAUGGAACUUGGGUUGAUGUACUACUUCAGGUCGGUCUAAUGCCAGACACCCCACCUAUUCAGGCGCCGCAUAUCAUCCAUAAGCAUUCAAAUAAAGCCUUCAUAGUCGGGGAAGGUGAUGGGUUUUUCAACUGGACUAGUGUUGCAGAGGCAGCUGCGGAAAGACCGGAGCUUUUCGAAUUCGAGCGACCGCGGUUGCGAGACACUUAUAUGGUACUGGGUCUUCUUGGUCCCAAAUGGAUGGUUAUUCGGUACCAGGUGGUUAACCCAGGUCCUUUCCUUAUCCAUUGCCAUAUCGAAACGCAUCUCUUCAACGGUAUGGCGGUUGCUUUACUUGAUGGUGUCGACGAAUGGCCGGAAGUUCCACCAGAAUAUGCUGGUUGA